CUGAAUAAAAUGGGCUCAGGCCCGUAACAUCCCUCAUCAGAGCCGAGAAGUAGAACAUCGUCCAAGCUCCCUCCGUUCUUCUACGUCAACAUCGCAAUCCCUACUCUGCAGAUGGCGGGAGAAAGCAAGGUUUCAUCAACCCGAAAAUCGACUGCCGACACGUCUUCCUCCAACCCGUUCUAGCUCACGCCCUAGCUCUUUAAUGGUAAAGAAAUACCGGCAAAAGGUUCAGGGCGUUGGCGGUUUUCAACCUUUCGGGUCUUACAGAAGAUUAUCCUUCGUGGAAAAGGUGAUUACGAAUCUAUGUACUACUUUGCAGAAUUGAGAAUCUAGGUAUGUCGAUGAUUCUUGGUAUCACUUGUUUGAUUUGGGGUUAAUUGUUUGGAUUUUUGUGUAGAAUUUUUAUAUAUAGGCAGUGAAAGGAUGAAGCGGGUGUGUGGACGGAGUGCCGAUAGAAUUACCAACCUUCCUGAGGAUGUGCUACAUCGGGUUCUGGUGUCUUUACCCAUCAAAGACGCUGCCAAAACUAGUAUACUAUCAACAAAGUGGAGGCAUCAUUGGAGAAGUAUUCCCCAACUUGUGUUUGAUCGUAGCUUCGCCAUCGAAUCGGGUGGAUUUAGAACAACUGACAUGAGGAGCAAGUUAAUGUUCAACAUUUACAAAGCUAUGCUGCUCCAUGAUGGCCCAGUAGCAAAGUUUUUGCUUUCAUUUCCUGGAUUAAGUCCCCGCUACGGGAAUGAGAUUGAUGAAGUCGUUCUCUAUCUUUCUCGCCGAGGUCUCCAGGAGUUUAAGCUCUCCUGUGCUGCUUUUGAUGGUCGGAAAUACAAGUUACAUUCUUCCUUGUUUUCUUGUCUUCAACUGAACCUGCUCACACUUCGGCAUUGCGAAUUUAGACAACCAUCAUGGUUUGUGGGUUUUAGCAAGCUUACGGUUCUCUUAUUGUCAGAUGUAACUCUGCCCUCUGAUUUCUGUGAGAAUUUCCUUCUCAAGUGCCCGAUGCUUAAAACCUUAAGGCUCACAAACUGUGAUGGUCCGAGUAAUCUUAACAUUGUGGCUCCAUGUCUCGAACGGUUCUGUUUCACGUACAGGGAUUUACAGAAAAUCUGCUUCAACUGUACUCCUGUCUUACUUAGUCUCAGGCUAUGCAGAAACUUCGAAAAGACUGCAGAUAUGGUAGCUUUACUUGCUUCUAUCACAGAACUCCAAGAAUUUCGUGUCGACUUUCAACUCCCACAACACCUUACUGUAGGUGAUAGUGAUGUUCCCAUCAGGCUUCCUACUCCUCUUCACCGAUUAAAACUCCUCCAUACCAGGAACCUUGACUUCAGUAGCUUGGAGACGGCGCAUUUUCUUGUUUGUUUGAUCAUCAGUUCCCCCAACUUGCGUGAGCUAACAAUCAAGCUGGACCCUAGUCAACAAAACCAGCCCUCAACUAAUAAUGCGGCAACAAGCAUUCUAAGCCUGUUGGAAGCAGAGUCCCGCCAAGGAUCUGGUAGUUGUUGUUUGCAGCAACUUAGAGAGUUCAGAAUCGAGAAAUGCCUUGGUACACAGAUGGAGCUGGACCUUGUGAAGUUCGUGUUAGCCACCGCUCCAAUACUUAAGAGGAUUUACAUUCCUCGUUGGCAUAAACUGUCGUCCGAAAAGGUUAUUGAAUUCAUGAAGGAAGUGAAGAGAUAUAGGCGGAUCUCUAAAGAUGUAGAGGUCAUAUAUGACUCAAAAUGACAGAUAUCUCCCGUUUGCUUGCGAGGAAGAGGGGCAGGAGCUAUUUGAUAUUUUCAUUUUACUGUUGGGUUGAUCUGUUGGCAGCAAUCAGUGAAAACAGAAGGCUAAACUUCAUUUUGUGGAGGUGAAUAAAUCCGCUACCACUUA